AUGGAUGUGAGCCACAGAAAACAACUUUUUGACCUUAAUCUACGAGCUUGGACUGGACAGUACCAAUUACCUUUAAGUUCCAACUUAGAUUCCUCGUUGAAAAAAAAUAGUACGUUUGUAAGAAAGUUGAAGGCUCCAUUUCAAGAUGCCGAAAAGAUGGUGAAAGAAGUCAAAAGUUUAUCCUUGGAAAGAUACUUAUCUGAAAUUGUAGAUAACCUGAUUGAGGGUUUUGCUUUAACAGUAAGGGCAUCAGAUGUAUACGCCACUGUCGAAUUAGUUUCAGCUCUUCAUCAAAGAUUUCAAGCAACUUUUACUGAGGCAAUGAUAACUCGACUACUUUUCUACAUUUAUGAUCAAGGUACAAUAAAUUUUGACUCUAAACCAGAAGUUUUUUUAAGCAGACUCACCGUAUUAAGAAGGCUCAUGCGUAUCUUUACGGAGUUGUAUUUAGUUGGACUAUUCAUGAACGAGUCGUCCUUAAGAAAUUGUGAAGUUCCUUUUCUUUUCGAAUCUCCAAGUCACAAAUCACUUAUGAAUGCUUUACUGGAACAGACAUUGAUGUUCUUUCUGAAUGAUAGCAUAAUCAAGUAUAAUCUCUCCUUUGUGACCUCAUAUGUUAAGCGGUUUUCCUGGGUCUUUUUUGAACCAAACUCUCUUUUAAGCAAUGCCACUCAAAAAAGAUUAAAGGAUGAAAUUGCUAAGUAUACUACGAAGGCUAUCUCUUUAUGUGAAAAAUUAGACAGAUCUCUAGACAACCUGUUGGUGACUAGUGAUCGGGCGGCAAUGAAAACUGGCCGUGAAAGCCAACGUGAUAAAAGUUCUAUAUCUGAUCAAAUCCAUACUCUGAGACAAAUAAAGUCCAGCCUGGAAGAUUUAACUAGCAUCAUGGGCCUAGAAAUGCCGUCAUGCAGUUCUUUGGUUGCUAAUGAUAAAACUUCAACGUCUGGGGUUAUCCUAACCAGUUUGCAUCACUAUUGGGUCUUUGAGGAUGAGGCCGAUAGAAGAUUUUACGAGACGUUUCCCGAACCAUUUGUUGAUCCAUAUCCAUGUGACGACUCAUUGUCAAGUUCCAGUUCUGAGAAUAUUAUACGUCCCGGGCUAGAGAACAGGGCGGAAAGAAUGGAGAAAUUGUUAGAAAAGUUAGAUCGGUGCAAAUCUGCUUCAGAUGUUGAUUCCUUGGCAAUUGUCUACUUCCAAAAAGGAUUACAGUGCAAGGCGUCAGACAAACAUUUGAUGAGACAUAUGCUAGCCAACUCUAAUCAACAUCCUGUUAAAUAUUAUUCCCGUUUUCUUGCUAUUUCCCAGCCAUCAUUAAGACCAAUAAAGGAUGAGAUAGUAGACUUUUUGGAUAAGAAGUUUAGAAUACAGCUCAAUUCUGCUAAAUUUAAUUUGAAAGAUAUCAUUUUUUUUUGUGAAUUAAUAAAAUUUAAGAUUGUUCCAACGUUUAUAAUUUUUCACAAAAUUCGAACCUUAAUUAUAUCCCUUGAAUCCAGAUCAAAAUAUUUUGAAAUACUCUCAAUCAUAUUUGAUAAUUGUGGAAGAGUACUAACUAGGGAGAAAGAAUACCAAAUGAUGAUGGAUGAAAUGGUGGAGCUAAUUCAAGAGCUUAGCUUUUCUGGUACCAGGUCUUUUCAACUGAAAAGUCAAAUAAAUGAUCUUUUGAUGAUACUAUAUCCUCCCAAGGCAUCGCAAAGAAGUGCGAUUUCAAAGGAAAGUGUCCAAAGUAACUUUUUUAAGCAAUUGAUAAGGGUGGAACUGAAUCCCAACAGCAUUGCUGUGGUAAAGAAAAUAGUGGCAAGCCUAACGUUCGAAAGCUCGGAGACUUUUUGCACAUUAGAACUGCUUUUCACACAGCCAGAGACUUUGCCGUCUGAUUCCCUACAGCUGGUUGCUGAACUUCUACAAACUUCUUGUCCCAAAUGGUUUGUCACUUCUAUUGUAGAUAAAAUUAUGGAAAGAGUCUCUGUUGGCCUCGAGGACAACGACUAUAAAAUGAGUAAUAAGAGAUUGGCAGAUAUGCGCUAUCUUGCAGAAUUGUGCAAUGCAGGGAUAUUUAAUGAUCAUUUUGUUUAUUUUAUGGUGAAUUUGUUAAACUAUAUCCUUUUUUACGGAUAUUCUGACUUGACGUUGAAGAGUAUGGGAAAUUCAAGUUUGGAUCCUCCUAACAACUAUACCAGAGUCCUUAUGAUUACCACGUUUUUGAUGCAUUGUACCAAACCAGUCCGUCUUGAAAAUUCAAAAUGUGCACACCUUGAUCAUUUCCUUUGUCAUUUUGAUUAUUAUUGUUCCAACAAACGGCCUCUUCCUCACAAUAUCAGACUUGCUGUAUUAGAUGUUUAUCAGAUUUUAGGCUUCACAGGUUGCUUAACGAUAGAGCAGGGGUCAUUUAAACUGGAAAAUGUUAGGGAAAACGUAUCAACGGUUGAAUAUACACCUGAAGUACUGGAAGAUGAAGAGCAGGUGAAACCCACUUCAAGCGACAUCGAUAAUCUAAAUGUAGCACCUGCAUUAGAGCAAUAUCAACCCUUGGAUGAUCAACUUCUUGAAGAAUUUGAACAAAGAUUCAAAGAAACAAUAAACAAAACAAAACUUGAUCGUUUACUACAUAAAACAAAUUUACCUGCCCCCUUACCAAGGGUAACUCGACCUUCUGAUAUACCAAACGUCACAAAAGAGAACCCUAAUGUUAAGUUCAAAAUUCUUUCAAAAAAGGAUAAAAAGGCUGCUUCAAGUGAAAUACAAGUACCACAGGAUGCGUCGUUUGCAUCUGAGGCCCUCAAAUUCGUGUCCCAGCGACAACAUGAGGAUGCCAGGAUUAGAAAAUUUAUUUUGAACCAAAUGAACGAUACUACUUUGCAGUAA